AUGGCCGUCACACCUCACGAAGAGACCAUCGUCGCUGACGAUAACGUCGCAAGUAGCGUUAUUGAUGAUGGUGACUCGGCACUUGGGGGAGAUGCCUUCAGUGACAGCACAUCACUAAAGUCAAGCAUCAUGAAAUACCGUGAGGAGAACGGAAGGACGUACCAUGCAUACAAAGACGGAGCUUAUGCGCUUCCUAAUGAUGAGGUUGAGAAUGAACGAUUAGACUUGCAGCAUCAUCUCAUGCUUCUCACAUUCGACGGAAAAUUGCAUGCGGCUCCCCUGCCCGAGAAGCUCGAUCGCGUGUUCGAUGUUGGAUGCGGCACGGGAAUCUGGUCUAUCGAGUUCGCGGAUGAGCACCCGGAAACUCAGGUCAUCGGAGCCGACUUGAGCCCAAUUCAGCCUUCGGCUAUUCCACCAAACGUGACUUUCUACGUGGACGACGUCGAGGAGUCCUGGGAUUACUCUGCCAAGUUCGAUUUUAUCUUCGCUCGUUUCCUUACCGGGUCCAUUCGCGACUGGCCCAAGUUCUUCAAGCAGAGCUAUGAGAACCUCGAGUCUGGUGGCGUGAUCGAACUGAUCGACUGCAUCUACCCAAUGACAUCAGACGACGACACCCUCCCCAAAGACUCAGCCCUAUACAAAUGGUCCAAGAUGCUUCUCGAUGCUUUUACCGCAAUGGGAUCUGGUCUGGACAGUGCUCUGAGGUACAAGGACCAGCUUGAAGAAGCUGGCUUUACUAACGUUGAAGUGGUCAAGCGAAAGUGGCCUUUGAACGCGUGGCCAAGGGAUCCGAAGUAUAAGCAACUUGGGAUAUGGUCUUAUGAGAAUGGAAUGAACGGUCUGGCGGCUGGCAGUCUUGCUGCUUUUACACGUCCCAAGAGUGAGGGCGGUCUUGGCUGGAGUGUGGAGGAGGUCGAGAUCUUCCUCACAGACGUUCGGAAGGAUCUUAAGAAUUUGAAGAUCCAUGCGUACUGUCAUAUUUGGUCUGUAUACGCGACUAAGCCAGAGCAGUAA